GUGGCGCCAUUGUCGACCAACACUAUAUACAGGCAGAGUGGAAAGUAGAAUCUGAAUCAAGAAGGAAAGGGAAUGAAAUGGAUAUUCUGAGAAUGGUUGUUUCAGCUUUGCUGGUCGCCCUUUUGUCCAUAGCCUCACUUCCUCUUCUCAAUCUCAAUCACAAUCACGAUUACUCCAACUCUGCAAAAGUUGCGGACUUGGUGGUGAGAAACGCCACUAUCUACACCGGCGAUGCCUCUCUCCCCUUCGCCGACUCCAUGGCCAUUCGCGCCGGUCGGCUUCUCCGACUUGGUACCUAUUCUUCUAUCAAGGACUUGGCAGGGUCGGGGACUAAGGAGCUGAAUGUUGAAGGGAAAGUUGUGGUUCCAGGAUUUAUUGAUUCUCAUGUACACUUAAUAUCUGGAGGAUUGCAGAUGGCACGAGUGGAGCUCCGUGGUGUUAAUAGAAAAGAACUUUUUGUGAGCAAAGUCAAGGAAGCAGUAACAAAUAUGAAAUCUGGUUCUUGGUUAUUGGGUGGUGGGUGGAACAAUGAUCUCUGGGGUGGAGAUUUUCCAAUGGCUUCUUGGAUUGAUGAUAUUACACCUCACAACCCUGUUUGGCUAUCAAGGAUGGAUGGACAUAUGGGCUUGGCUAACUCCUUGGCACUAAAAAUUGCUGGCAUUUCUCAUGACACACAGGAUACAGAUGGUGGAGCUAUAGUGAAAAACAGUGAUGGAGAACCUACUGGUUUGUUGAUAGAUUCUGCAAUGAAGCUUGUGUUAUCCUGCAUCCCAGAACCUUCAACAGAUGAAAGGAGGAAUGCGCUUUUAACAGCAAGCAAUCUUGCGCUGAUGAGGGGUGUGACAACAGUUGUCGACUUUGGAAGAUAUUUUCCUGGUUCUCCCACAGAACUUUCAUGGGAGGAUCUUUCAGAUGUGUACCAAUGGGCUGAUUUGUCAGGAAAUAUGGUGAUCCGUGUUUGCUUAUUCUUUCCAUUGGAGACAUGGGCGCGCCUAGAGGGUUUUGUAAAGAAGGUUGGUCGUUCUCUGAGCCAAUGGAUUCACUUAGGUGGUGUGAAGGCUUUUGCUGAUGGAUCUUUGGGAUCUAACAGUGCACUGUUUUAUGAGCCAUAUGUUGACGAGCCUCACAACUAUGGACUACAAGUAACAAAUAUGGAUCGGCUAUACAACCUGACUCUUUCUGCAGAUAAAGCUAACCUUCAGGUAGCCAUUCAUGCCAUUGGUGAUAGAGCCAAUGACUUAAUCUUGGAUAUGUAUGCUUCAGUAGCUUCUGAGAAUCAAAUGAAGGAUCGGCGAUUUAGGAUCGAACAUGCUCAACAUUUGGCCCCCGGGACUGUUGCACGGUUUGGUGAACAAGCAGUUGUUGCUUCAGUGCAGCCAGAUCACUUAUUGGAUGAUGCUGAUUCCGCAAUUAAGAAACUUGGGUUGAAGAGAGCAGAGGGAGGAUCCUAUCUGUUCAAGUCGCUCCUCGCUAACAAUGCACAACUAGCAUUUGGCUCUGAUUGGCCAGUAGCAGAUAUUAAUCCGUUGAGAAGCAUAGCGACAGCAAUGAAAAGAAUACCUCCAGGUCAACAAAAAGCUUGGAUUCCAUCAGAACGCACGAGUCUAAAGGAGGCACUAGAUGCGUACACAAUCUCGGCUGCUCGGGCAUGCUUCCUUGACAAAAAUGUUGGAUCACUCUCUCCUGGGAAGUUGGCAGAUUUUGUGGUUUUGUCUACUGAUUCAUGGGAUUCUUUUGCAAGUGAUGGAUCUGCCUCGGUUCAAGCAACAUAUGUUGGUGGAAUCCAGGCUUAUCCCAAAAAGAUCAAGGCUGAUAAUUAGAUGGAACUUGAGAGAUAAUGAAAUACAUUGUAAUGUGUAUACUUCUUUCCUGUAGUAAUUCUGAAGGUAGUCCAGGAUAGUAAAUUUCAAUAUGCUUAAACUAGAAAUUGUGACACCUGAAUACCAUAGACUGGAAACUUGGAGGUUUUGCCUUUUAAACUUCAAGAAACAUGUACAACAGGUUACAGGCCUGAAAGUUGCAUAACUGUUUGUUCA